AAAAAAAAAAAAUUUAACAUAUCUUUUCUACCACCUAGCUAUAUUUCUAAUGCCAGCAAAGUUGAGUACGAUAUGCUACAUUCAUGAUUCAACCCAGAGGUCGAUGAAGGAAUAUAGCAUAAAAGAAAUAACUGUAAUAUCCAGACUGAGCGAUGAAGACCCAACCAAAAUCAUAUAUCUAAAAAUCAAAGUGUUUGUUCCAUUGGAUAAAGAAAUUGAAACACACAUUGAAGAAUUUGAAAAUGGUCAGGUAAUUUACUUGAGAGGUAAAUUUAUUGCCUGCAAUGGAUGGUACAUGGUGAACGCUACAUCCAUUAAACCUAUGGCAAAUCUUGAUUUUAAUGUGAUGCCAGCUGCAGGGAUAAACAUAAUGGUGACGGGUUUGACCACUCAAACUGCUAAAAAUGAUUUUUGGUUAGAGAUGAGACAUAAUUCAAAUAUUAAUUAUUUGGCCAAUAAAACUAAUUCUAUCAAUCAAACAAUGAGGUCAACAAUGGCAAUUUUAGCAGGCCUACUCUAUUAUCAAGAAUCCGUUGUAGAUACUAGUACAACUAUCACCCACCAGGAAGACUCAAGCCAAUCACUAGCGUCUGCAUUACAAGAAAACCCCCUUCCAACCAUGACCCAAAACGAAACCUCUAGUGAAACUUAAAUAAUAACAUUUAUU